AUGGAGACUGCGAUAAGAUGGUCUGAAAGCUCGACCUUGUCAGAGCAGCGUUUCCUCAUUGCAGAUGUUAACGGUCGCUCUUUCAAACGUUGUAAAAUCGAUAAUUAUGAUCGCACAAAACUUCAGCAUCAGGUACUCUCUACGUAUAGCAAGGUCCCUCCCUUUCGUGCUUUUGAUUGGGCGCCACACGAUGAGAGACUUGCGGCUGUGGGACAAUGGUCUGGAGAAGUCACAAUCUUGCGGAUUGAUGAUGCGGUGGCCAACAUUCCUCUACCUGCAAAGCAUCAACGUCUUUGCAAUGCUGUCGCUUUUGGUAGGACGGGGCUUCUGGCUGCUGGCUUAGAAAGGGUGAGGAACGAUUUCAGUCUCAACAUAUGGGACGUCAAUCAACGUCUCCCAGCAGUCAUGUCUCCAGGAAGCAGGAAUUCAAAAGGAUUUGUCGAACCUUAUCGUAAAUUUGCGAGCUCGGAAGCAAUUUCAAGCAUCAAAUUUUACUCUUCACAGCCUGAGGUCUUAGUUGCUGGGAUCAAAGGAAGAGGCAUUCGAAUCUAUGACUUACGGGAGAAUACCGGGAGCCCUUCGCUGCUUUUUCAGACUUCAUGUGUCUUCAAUAUUGCUAUUGAUCCUCUGGAUGAAAAUUACUUCGCUUGUGCUGGGGUCCCGAAAGACACGACCAUUCAGAUAUGGGACCUUCGUCAUGGCUCGCCGUAUACUGCAGCAUCUCUAGGAUCAGGUUCAGAUCUCAGUACACCAGCGGAAGGCCCAGUGCUUGAAUACAAGGAGGUGUUCAGUACCGCGAACGCAUCAACUAAAGUGCCAGUCGAUCCCACAGGUGUAAUGUUAUCAAGUAUUUGGAGUCUGCGAUAUUGCAAAGGUAAGACCGGCUGCCUCGGCGCUCUUGCAAGCAAUGGAGAGUUCAAAGUCUUCGAAACCAAACACGAAUAUUCUUUGUCGAUGAACCACUAUGAGUCACGACCGCACCCAGACUAUGACGUACCAAAUAAGAAUGACCGAUCCAUCCUGACCAAGCGCAUUCACCAUGUCGAGCUUGCAUGGGAUAAUAAGCGAAAAGGCUGUCCGGAGAAGGAGAGAAUUGUCGCCUUUGACUUCACCAAUUUGGCUGGCUUCAAGGGUACGCCUUGUGCAGUUGUCCUUCGUGGCGAUCAUAGUGUUGGUAUUGUUGAGCUCAACGGCGCUGCCUCAGCUCUCGCGGUCUCGCCGUUUGGCAACGUUGUUGUCAGUAAAGACAACUCCUCAAGUUCCACUAGCGAAUCGACUCCUGAGGCUCGUUUCUUGAAAAAUACAAUACGCAGACUAGAGCCUCUAAAUGAGGAUACAAUGUCCAAUUCCUUGUUUUCAACCCGAGGCAAACACGGCAGUUCCAAGGCUGGAGAAGCGACGGAUACUGCAGACACGAACGGUCGAGCCGCCGUUGCUAGGAAACCUCAGUCAAGCCGCGAGUCCCAUGAGCAGCUUCUUGAAACUCAUACAGCCGACACAAAGCUCAGGAUAGAGGAAGCCUUGGCUCUCUUCACUAUUGCUCGUCGCCGCGGCGUCGAGGGCUACCUGUUCGAUUGCAAAAAGAACAUCGAAAUCUUGCGGGAUGACCGCUGGCUUCAGAGACUCUGGGUUUGGAUUGACCGAGCGAAGAGCAGUGCUAAAGACAACGGCAUGAGCACAGAGGCGCUGGACCUCAGCUUCUUUGGUGUUGCCAGCAUCUGGAACAACGAUCUGGAUUCCCAAAGAGGUCCUAAUAAGCUUAGCAAGCCAACAUACCCCAAAGACGUCGCUGAUGCUGUCGAAACACUGUGCGAUAAGCUCGAUCUGCCCGAAUUCCGCAUGGUACAGUCCGCCGCUCCUAACCACCGCCGGUUGUGUCUGUAUACUUGCGGCCUGGGGCUUCCAUACCAAAAGCUCGAAGCUACAGUUAAAGACUUCGUGCGUCAAGGACAAAAUACCAAAGCAGCUGCUGUCGCAAUCAUCCACGACCAAGCCAAGCUAGCUUUUCAAGCAUUGAGAAGUGGUAACGCUUCUCCGGCGCAAAGAGAACUCUCUCUUGCACUGGCUGGAUACAAUAAAGGAGUAAUCGAUGACACAUGGGAAGAGACUGUCCGUGACAUCAAGAGUGAUCUUGAUGAUCCUUACGCCCGUGCCAUCCUUGCACUGGUCAGCUAUGGCGACUGGCAUGACGUCCUAGCAGAAACUUCACUUCCACUCCGGGACAGAGUUGGAAUUGCUUUAAUGUACUUGGAUGACGAUGAGCUUACACACUACAUCACUGAUAACGCAGCAGAGUGCAUCCAAGAAGGCGACAUCGAGGGCGUCGUCCUAACAGGUCUUACGGAGCAAGCAGUUCCCCUCUUUGAAAAUUACAUCCGCAAAUUCUCCGACCUUCAAACCGCAAUCCUAGCCAUGUCCUUUACCUGCCCGAGCUACUUUACAGAUCCUCGCGUCGACCUCUGGCGGCAGACUUAUCGCUCCCAACUCAACAGUUGGGGCAUGUUCAUUCAGCGCGUCCAUCUUGAUGUUCAAUCUACCAGGCUCUCCAUAUCGCUAGGUGGCAAACCAGAGAUACGGCCACCAUCACGCCAGGUCAGCAUUCGUUGCAACAACUGCGACCAAGCACUGCACCGCAAGUCCAGUCGUGUCCUCCCACCAGGCUCCUUUGACAGCUUCGGUACCCACCAAGGCUCCAUCUUCGGCGACUCCAAAUCUGGCACCGUCUGCCCGAAAUGUGGGCGUCAUAUGCCUAGCUGCGUAAUAUGUAUGCAAUGGCUCGGCAUGCCAGACCCGCACUCCCGCGGCGCUGUCGAAGAGAUCAAGAAGAAUGCAGAAUCAAAGAAAGAUGGGAUUGCAGAGAGAGAUCCAUUGGAAAAGUUUUUGACGGUUUGCAGACGGUGCUGGCAUAUGUCUCACGGUGCGCAUUCUCGGGAGUGGUUUGAGGGGCGAUUCAAUGAGAGGACGCAAGAAUGGAUUGGAGGCCAUGAUAAGUGUCCAGUGCCAGGCUGCGAUUGUACGUGCAAGGCGAUUGAUGUUGGAGUCGCACCAGGCAGAAAAAGGAACAUGAUCGACCUGAACAUCUCGGAGAAUUGGUCGUAG